GCAGCCCCCAUCUGGCCCGCUCUACGGGGGUGGGGACACGAGCGAGGUGCGAGGCAUCGUCAGCUCCGUCGAGGUUGGCCCCUUCGACCUCGAGACCAGGCAUCCUCCAUCUGGCCCGCUCUUCGGGGAUGGAGGCACGUGCGAGCUGCGUGGCAUCUUCAGCUCCAGUGGAGUUGGCUCCGUCGGCUCCGAUUACAGGCACCCUCCAUCUGGCCCGCUCCUCGGGGAUGGAGGCACGAGAGACAUUGGAGUUGGCGUCAUCUACUUCGGUGUCUUGCAACCCCCAUCAGGCCCGCUCUACGGGGAUGGGGACACGAGCGAGCUGCGUGGCAUCGUCAGCUCCGAUGGUGGCGUCCCACCCGCGCUGUCUUCGGCCCAGACGAAGGCACCUCACCGUGCUGGUGCGUCUCUCUUCUUUGCGAAUGUCACGGGAUGGGGGCCCCGUAUCCACAAGUUUGUGGUGGAGCAUAAGAGUAAGUAUGGCAUGAUGGCGUUUGUGGAGACUCACGUCACCGAGGCGAAGCUCAUUCAGUAUCGUGCCAGUCUGGAUGUUGAUGGUUGGAAGUUAUCGGCUUGUGCUGCGGUGGGCACGGGUCGGUCUGCGGAGGGCACGAGUGGAGGUGAGUGGGUUCUGGCGCGGUCCCAUCUUGCUACCACGUCCUUCGAUCGGCAGAGGGCCCUGAUGACCAAGGAGCGCCUGAAGGAUCCCUGCCGAGGCUGGGUGCCAACUGUCUGGCAUCUGCGUGCAGGCAACCUCAUUGUGAUUGCUGCCUACUUCUUGCCCAAGCACGGUUUCGGAGGCCUCAACCUUGAUAGGUGGGCUUCUCUGCGAGCCUUUUUGGCAUCAGUAUCUGACCCGUGGAUCAUUGUUGCAGAUUGGAACCUGACCCCGACGGCCCUGGAGCGCAACUCGUUCCUCAAGGAUGUGGGAGGCACAAUCGUUCUCCCAGAUGUCCGUGUCACCUGUGACAAGGGUACGGGGUCGCUCAUUGACUAUGCGGUGGCGUCAGUGUCGGUGGCAGACUUAGUCUCGAUCAAGGGCGUCCUCACCGUUCCUUGGAAGGUCCACUGUGGCCUCCAUGUUGAGAUACAGGGCACGUCGACGGCAUGGUGGCACCGCGCUUUGGUCUUGCCGCGGCCGCUCCCUGCUGUGGAUCGGCCACCGACGGCCCCUGACCCACAGAGCAAGACCUACCAGCGCAAGCAAGCAGCCCUUCAGAGGCGCAAGGAGGCCUUGCCCCCAGAUCAUCUAGAUGCGUUUCACGAGCUCCAUCAGCCCCCUGAUCCUCAAGGUUUGACUGGCGAUGUCUUUGAAGUCAGCCUGGAUCGAUGGAACUCUAACUCGCCCUCUGGAGCGGAUGGAGACGGUUGUCCGAAGUACACCUUCACGGCGGAGAUGCGCAUGAUUAGCGAGUCUCCUAUCGUCUCGUGGGCCCUCGAGGGGAACGACCAGCUAUCCCAAGACUAUGGCAAGUGGGUCCACCAGGUUGAGCAGUCCCUCCUGGACCCGAGCCUCACGGCCCAGGAGCGUGCGCCUAUCAUUGGCAGAGCCCGAGGGUUUGCAGUCACUUGGAAGAAGUCGGUCUCGUCGCCUGGUCGAGGCCAUUGGAAAUAUGACGGUGCUGAGCAUUGGUCGGUUAUGGACACACUCUGCAGGAGGACCUUGGCCAUAUUCCUCCAUGACAAGGAUGAGGAGCAGAUGUGUAGCGCGUUGGCAAGUGCUGCUGGUCGAGUUCAGCAUCUGCGACAGUACCAUUUGGAUCAGCGACCUGACUUACAAGACAGAGCCAAGACGGCUCUUGAUCAGAUUGUCUCCCUACAUGAAGGGGUCCACAGUCUUACCAGCGACCAGAUGGUUGAGGGAUUGUGUCAGGUCGUGGUGGCAGUCGAGGCGGUUGCAGCUUGUGAGGUGGCGAGGGGCAUCGGCAAGGCUCGCAAGGCCUACGCCGACUGGGUCCGUCGCAUGUGGCGCACUUCCCCUGGCGCCCUCCACCGACACGUUCGUGACCCCGUCGCCCCUCGGCCUGAGGAUGCCACGGUGGUGACCACUCCCAGUUCCUUUGCCGCCAAUGCGGUGGCCGACCCCAUCACGAUCAUGGCCAACAAGUCGACGAAGUGGGGCAAGAUUUGGAGCGAUGCAGUGGAUACCCCAGCUAGUAUCAUUCAUGCGCUGAGCGCAAUACGACACAAAGCAGCUGAGGAGGACAUCCCUCCGCUGCACUGCGAGCAGCUCCAGGCUGCUAUCCGAGUCACGGGCAACAAGAAGGCUCGUGGAGUUGAUGGGCUUGGUGCUGGCGGCCUGGGCCGCCUGCCGACCCAGGCCCUUGAGGAGCUCAGGGACCUUUUCCAGCGAU